AUGAACCGGAUCGAACGGAUCCUCGUCGCAGAAGAGACCACGCCCGCGCCGCAUAAGCUGCAUUUUGUGUACGUGAACGUGGUGCUGUUGCCCAAGACCAAGCAGCCGUCGGACGCCACCACCAUGGCCCUCGUCAUGCUGUAUGUGCAACUCCAUGGAUCGUCCAAGAGUUGGCGCUGGUGA